AUGACUGGUCAAACAAAUGUGCACAAGAACUCUUCCUCUCCUGAUUUACAUCCAAAUUUAGCAAUUAAGACACCAAGUGAAAAUGAAUUGGAAUCUGCAGACAAUUGUGGGAGUAGAGCUUUGUCUGUGUGUGAUGAUACCUCCUCUGAGCUGCAAAGAGUUAUUUCCCAAGAUAAUGGUGAUGUGGUGUCACGAGCAUCUUUUAGAGGGAGAGGUGCAUUGUCCAGGAUAGUGCGCUUAGUAGUGGUCUUACGAGAAUGGGCCCACAGAAGCCUGCAUGAUCAAGAACAAAGACCUGAUUCCUUUCUGGACAGAUUUCGAGGACCUGAACUUCAAAACACAGAAGGUAAUUCUGGAAAAGAGAAACAAGAUCCAGGCACAAAUGCUCAAAACAAGAGAAGUCACCAUUUGAAGAUAUCUGAAAGGCUUGUAGUUGACCCCUCUGGAAAAUGGUACUACCGUUGGCUUCUUGUAAUUUCAUUACCUGUGUUAUAUAACUGGUUUUUACUAGUUGUCAGGGCGUGUUUUAAUGACCUUCAGACCAGUUAUAUUAUAGUGUGGCUCACACUGGAUUAUGUUUCUGACAUCAUAUACAUCAUUGAUAUAAUUAUUCGAUUUCGCACAGGAUUCUUAGAGCAAGGACUACUUGUCAGAGAUCCCAAGAUGCUCAGUGACAGUUAUAUACAAACCUUGCAGUUCAAAUUAGAUGUCAUCUCUAUACUUCCCACAGACUUGGGUUACCUUGGGCUUGGGAUUCACCGCCCAGAGCUUCGCUUUAACCGAUUACUACAUUUCCCACGCAUGUUUGAAUGUUUUGACCAGACUGAGACUCGAACUAGUUAUCCAAACAUUUUCAGAAUAUUCAAUCUAGUGCUAUACAUUCUACUCAUUAUCCACUGGAAUGCUUGCAUUUAUUAUGCUAUAUCUAAAGCAAUUGGUUUUGGUGUGGACACAUGGGUUUACCCUAAUGUUACUGAUCCUGCCUAUGGUUAUCUGACACGUGAAUAUGUCUACUGUUUAUACUGGUCUACUUUAACACUCACUACAAUUGGAGAAACCCCUCCUCCAGUCACAGACACAGAGUACCUUUUCGUCAUCUUUGACUUUUUGGUUGGUGUUUUGAUCUUUGCUACUAUUGUAGGAAAUGUUGGUUCUAUGAUCUCGAACAUGAAUGCAACCAGGGCUGAGUUUCAGGCUAAAAUAGAUGCUAUAAAACACUAUAUGCAAUUUAGAAAGGUAAGCAAAGAUUUGGAGGCCAAAGUUAUCAGGUGGUUUGAUUACCUUUGGACCAACAAAAAGACAGUAGAUGAAAGAGAAGUGCUGAAAAAUCUGCCUGACAAACUUAGGGCUGAGAUUGCAAUAAAUGUUCAUCUGGAGACACUAAGGAAGGUACGCAUUUUUCAAAAUUGUGAAGCAGGCCUCCUAGUGGAGUUGGUUCUUAAACUGAGACCUCAGGUUUUCAGCCCAGGAGAUUACAUCUGUCGGAAAGGGGAUAUAGGUCGGGAAAUGUACAUAAUCAAGGAAGGAAAACUAGCUGUUGUUGGGGAAGAUGGAAUUACUCAAUAUGCUAUUUUAACUUCAGGGAGUUGCUUUGGUGAGAUUAGUAUUUUAAAUAUUGAAGGGAGCAAGAUGGGCAACCGCCGGACAGCUAGCAUUCGUAGCCUUGGUUACUCUGACCUUUUCUGCCUUUCAAAAGAUGAUCUAAUGGAGGCAUUAGUAGAAUAUCCAGAUGCUAAAAAGAUUCUUGAAGAAAGAGGAAAAGAAAUACUUGUAAAAGAGGGCCUACUUGAUGAAACAAAGGAGAAAAAUGCAAUGAAUGGAAAAUCUACAGAAGAGAAAUUAGAGCUCCUAGAGUCCAAUUUGGACAUGCUGCACACUCGAUUUGCCCGUUUGCUUCGAGAAUAUAGUGAUGCGCAGCAGAACCUCAAACAAAGGGUCACUUUUUUAGAGGGAAGAUUAAAAGACUUACAAGGUGGUGAGAUAUCCUCAGAUGACAUGGAGGGAAAAAGUGAUGCCUAA